AUGAAAAACGCUGGGCUUAAAUUCGGACUUCUGCAGUUGCUUGUACCUAUUUGCUUGCAUUCAUCCCAGUGUCACGAAUGGGAGUCACGAGGCAUUCUGGAGUUUCCCGAACAGUUAUCUAGAAGCUCACCUCAUUGCACUUGGUCUGUGUAUCAGAAUGUCGCGGACCAGAGUAGUUAUUAUCUUGGACUGCAUCAAACCUCCUUCUUCCCCCCUCCAGACCCAUCAUCCCAUACAGUCCGCAGCUGCCAGCUGUUUUUCAGUGCAGAUCAGUUGGUUGAGGCUAAGCGCUUGGGCAAUGCACGUAUUCAGUCUGUACGCGUUUAUUUCAAUCCAGUAAGCCGCCUUCUAGAGAUCAGACUGAGGCUACUUCAAACCAUGGGCCUGAAGUACGAGGGUCACCGGAAUUCGGAUGACAGGGGCAUCGCAACUGUGCAAUUGACUAUGCCGCACCACUGCAUGUUUUUGAAAGACGACCCUAUGGCUUUUUACUCCGAGAAGAAGCAAGAUAGCUACAUUUCAUAUGUCAUGAUCAGCCUAUUACCGGAGGAAUUCGCAGUGUAUCGACCUUCCCAAUCGUCGUUCCCGCCGUAUACGAUCACGCUAGAGGCUCUGCUUGACUCCACGUUUGUACCAGGAGGUCCCUGCCUGUUGGUUACGAGAGUAUGGGCUAGGCCGGAGGAGCUAGUACUGGAAUCUUCGCUUCAAGAGCUGAGAAUACGGCAAAUUCUUGGCAGUGACAAGUAUAGAAUGAUUCGGCUUUUCCGGUGGGCUGAUUGCCGAUGUGCUCCCCAAAAGCUGAGGGAGCUUGCUUUCUGGCUUCUUCCCCAGGGUGAAGAAACAGUCGUUAUCGUUCACACUGGAAGGAAACCAGGGGAGACUGACACUGUGCGGUGCCAGAGGCAGCAGAUUCCAAAAACCAACUCAUAGAAUGCCCACCUGAGGCCUCAAGUUUACCACCGCAUUUCCGCACUGGUGUCUCCUUGA